AUGGUGGAGGAUAUCUUGACUCGGGUCGGCCACGGUUUCGCAAAGCUUUUACGAAUUGAUUUGGGUCCAAUUCCCUCACUGGGGGGAGACGAGGCCAAAACUUAUGGCUAUUACGAACAUGACCCCACGGUGGGCGAUUGGUUCCGUGGCCAUACACCCAGUGCAUCUCAAGUCCGUUGCUAUAUUUGGAAUCUCUUUCCUUUCCUCCAUUGGAUCGGGUUUUACAACGUGCAAUGGUUGAUUGGGGAUCUCGUGGCAGGUGAGCAGUCCUCGCUUAGCAUCAGCAAUGUUGUACAGCUGCUGACCUACUAUCCUCUUGAAGGCAUUACUGUUGGUGCAGUUGUCAUUCCACAGGGUAUGGCAUAUGCUGAACUAGCCAAAUUACCCCCGGAGUAUGGUUUGUACUCCUCGUUCAUGGGGGUCUUGAUCUAUUGGUUCUUUGCAACGUCGAAGGAUAUCACCAUCGGUCCGGUGGCGGUCAUGUCAACGCUCAUGGGCACAAUCAUCAUCAAGGUUCGCGACGCUCACCCCGAGAUACCCGCACCGGUCAUUGCCUCUGCUCUGGCGAUUAUCUGCGGGGCAAUAGUGUUAUUCCUCGGGUUGCUUCGUCUUGGUUUCAUAGUUGAUUUUAUCCCUCUUCCUGCUAUUACUGCGUUUAUGACCGGUUCGGCAAUCAAUGUCUGUUCCGGUCAGGUCAAAACAGUUCUCGGGUUGAAAGAUCAUGUCUCGGGCCGUGGGGCAACCUACAGAAUUAUCAUUGAUACACUAAAACACCUUCCUUCUGCCCAGAUGGACGCUUCGAUGGGCCUUACAGCAUUGGCAAUGUUAUACGGCAUACGGUCUGCUUGCAACUAUGGAAAGAGGAAGAAACCCCACAAGGCUAAGCUGUUCUUCUUUCUCUCCACAUUGCGUACAGCAUUCGUUGUUCUUUUCUACACGAUGAUCAGCGCUGCAGUUAACAUCCACCGACGCGAACAUCCUGCUUUCAAGCUACUUGGUGUUGUCCCCCGGGGUUUCAAGGCUGCAGGGGUUCCCAAGAUCGAUAUUCCAAUUAUCAAGGCGUUUGUUGGGGAGCUCCCUGCCGCAGUGGUCGUGCUUUUAAUCGAGCACAUCGCUAUCUCAAAAUCUUUUGGUCGUGUCAACAACUAUACGAUCGACCCAUCGCAAGAAUUUAUUGCAAUUGGCAUCUCAAACCUUCUGGGCCCAUUCUUAGGUGCAUACCCAGCCACGGGCUCAUUCUCACGAACUGCUAUCAAAGCCAAGUGCGGCGUGCGGACUCCUCUCGCGGGUGUGAUCACUGCGGUCGUUGUUCUUCUCGCUAUCUACGCGCUACCCGCGUUGUUCUUCUACAUACCCAAAUCAUCCUUGGCGGCCGUAAUCAUCCAUGCAGUGGGUGAUCUCGUUACUCCACCCAGAAUUACCUAUCAAUUCUGGCGGGUGGCUCCAAUUGACGCUCUCAUCUUCUUGAUGGGCGUUCUCGUAAUCAUUUUCUCAACGAUCGAGACGGGCAUUUACUGUACCAUUGGCGUAUCGCUCGCAGUACUCCUGUUCCGACUCGCCAAAGCCCGAGGCCAAUUCCUCGGCUACAUCCAGGCCCACUCAGUCGUGGCUGAUCAUUUUCUCAAUCUAUCAGGAGAUUCAAAGACAGGAUUUGAAGAUGAUGUCGCCAUCUCCCGAAGAAUUUAUCUCCCAACCGAGCACCAAGGGGGCACAAAUCCCCGAAUCAAGAUCCACCAGCCAGCUCCAGGAAUCUUUAUCUACAGAGUCUCCGAGGGGUUCAACUAUCCAAAUGCAAACCACUACACCGACUACCUCGUUAGUCAUAUCUUUCAAUCCACCCGACGCACAAACCCGCAAGCAUGGGAAACACCAGGCGACAGACCGUGGAAUGAUCCGGGUCCAACGCGUCCCGAACGGAGACUCCUCCUGGCCGAAACAUCCACUUCCCCACUCCCAACUCUCCGCGCUAUCAUCCUUGACUUCGCCGCUGUAAACAACGUGGAUGUCACAUCCGUCCAGAACCUUAUUGACGUCCGCAAUCAGCUAGACCGCUGGGCAUCCCCAGACAGUGUGCAGUGGCAUUUCUCGCACAUCCAGAACAAAUGGACAAAGCGUGCUCUGGCCGCUGCUGGAUUCGGCUUCCCUGCUGUUUCGGACGGCUCUGGGCCCCAUUGGCAGAGAUCGAUCUUUGACAUUGCAGAGGUCAUGGACAGUCUGCCCGGAUCACCUGCUCCGUCCCAGGCCAACACCCCGAGGGACUGGUUCAAAGACUUGGAAUCUGGUGUGACGGUACAGGGAGACAGUGCUUCUUCGUCGGUUGUGGGUGGUACUGAGGAUGGUAUUGAGCUUGUGCGAACUGAUGAGCGGAAUGCAAAGGUAAACACUCAUCGCCGCCGUGGUCGAUCUGGUGUCGGCACUGGUAUGGCUGUUGUGGACGGUAUUAACCGGCCUUUCUUCCAUUUGGAUCUGACUAGUGCUUUGCAGAGUGCUAUGGCUGGUUUGUGA